GUGUGUGUGUGUGUGUGUGUGUGUGUGUGUGUGUGUGUGUGUGUGUGUGUGUGUGUGGGGGGGGUGUUCCUCUCUGAGGCCGGGGUGUGACGUCACUCUCCCACAAUGCACGGCUCCCAGCUCAGCGCCCAGCAGUCCAGGCCCGGACUCUAACAAACAUCCCUGAAACUUGUUCCAAAAUGUCGGCGCGGGGACGGGACGGAGGUCGGAGGGGCCGCGGGGCGGAGGCGCAGUCGGUCUGUGGCGAUGUGGAUCUGCCUCUGUGACUCAUCUGUAUACUAAUCCCUCUGCAGACCAGCACACGAGCGCCUCUCAGGGAACACAGGCCCAGUCGGAGCUCCCAGAGCAAACCAUCACCACAGCCCUGUGGGGAUUGCUAUGGCAGCUGCUGCCACAGAGACCAAGUGCUGGACUCGGACUGGCCCCAGGAAGGCAGGAGAGACCGCUACUCAUCGCCCCGAAAGACACAAUCAACAAGCAGCACUUGACUCCAGCACUGUCCGUUAACAGGACGGUCUGCAGGUUGAGGCACGGCUCUCGGGAGGAUCCUCAUGAGUCUGGUCUGCGUUUGCUCCGGCUCUUGGCCAGAGUCCCCGUGCAGCAGCAGAACCAGCACCGUUCCUUGUGUUAGACCAUGUUCCACCAGCAAGACCAUCUGAAGGGCCAGCUGCAGGAGGGCCAGCCAGCCAGCAGGCAGCUCUACCACUGCCAGGAGUGUGGGAAGCAGUACAACACCCAGCUGGGCUACAGACGCCACCUGGUGGCCGCCCACAGCGCCACGGCGGGCCUGUCCUGCCCAGAGGGGGCGCCCUCGCUGCUGGAGCACCUGGGUGGCCACAUCGACAGGCCCCCUCCCUCAGAGGGCAACAGCAACGCCGGCGUGCCAGUGAGAGAGAGGAAGUACUCAUGUGAGCGAUGCGACCGCCGCUUUUACACUCGGAAGGAUGUACGGCGCCACGCCGUGGUGCACACAGGGCGCCGCGACUUCCUGUGCCCACGCUGCGCACAACGCUUUGGCCGCAGGGACCACCUGACCCGCCACUUGAAGAAGAGCCAUGCUCAGGAGUCUGGGUUGAUGCCUCCCUGUACACCCAGCACUCCUGUGGCUGCCCCGAGCCCCGCCACCCAGUGCCCGGUGAAGGAGGAGCCCAGCCCUGUGGCCUCUGACAUGGGCCCCAAGGAGCCCAUGGAGACCUACUCCAGAGACAUGUACAACUCCUACCCCAUGACCAAUCCUGUACCCGGGUUGGGCCACCCCCACGGCCUCAUGCAGGGCUCUGUGUCCUCGAGCAUGGGCGUUGGGCGCUCCAUGCCCCCCCAGUCUUCUCACCACCACCUGCAGCCCCCGGCGGCCCCGCAGCAGCAGCCCUACGGCAACAUGGCCAGGUACCAGCACGUAUCUACCUCAUAUCCUCGCGCUGACGUGGACAGCUUCCUGCUGGACCUGCAGAGCGCCCCCCCACCUCACCUGAGUGCAGUCAACUCCGCUACCUCGACUUCUGCCUCCCCUCAGAGGGAAGUGCUGGGUGAAGGGGUGGGUGCUGGCGGUGACCCUCACCUGCUGUCCAGGAGCCCCGCCAUCUCCUCCACUGAACUGUCUUGCACCACUAACAUGGACCUGGGGCCCCUCCUGGGCUUCUUGCCCUUCAGCCUGCCGCCCUACAGCCCUCACAUGGGGAUGGGGGGGUUAGUGAUGAGCUACCCACCUGCCACCACGACCUCCUCCUCUCCUUCCUCUUCCACUGGGCUGUCCUCCCAGGCUCCAGGGCCCUUUACCUUCUUCCAGCCUCCCCAGGCUCAUGUGCCCCAGGGCCCCGGAGCCCACAACCACAGCCAGCUACCUCAGGCGUACAGCAGUCCUGCUAUGAGCACUUCCAGCUCCCUACCUCACUACUACCAGGCCUUCCAGCAGUCAUGGACUCAGGGAAGCCGCCUGUCCCGUGCAGCAGGACAGCAGUACUGGACCGUUCCUGUGGUGGACGCUCAGCUGUGGUGGAGAUGAGCUGUGGAAAGAAGAGCUUCUCUCUUUUCUGCCUUAAGGCCCUUGAACUGAAGGACGUCUCUUACCAUCGUGUUGCACCAAUGUCUUAAAAUGCUACUGUUGUGCCUCUAAGAGUGUCUGAUCUGGACUUUAAGCACUUACCACGUUUCUAAGACAGGACGGUUGGAUCUGUCCCUCAGACACGCAGUGCGGUGCUUUCUCUUUUUACUUGUAUUUAGUUACUUUGGCUCUUCCUGUGCCAUUAGAUUGAAAGUAUAAAGGUAGAUUUUAUGAAUCUAAACUCUUUACCUAGCAGCAGACAUUGACAUUAUAAUUCAGUCAAACUUUCUACCUCUACCUUGUCGUAUAUCUUUCUGCAGAGAUCAUUAGAGAUAGUUUAACCUGUAACCAUUGGGCAGUUUGUACCACUGUUGAAGAGCCGAUCUGUUCAACUUCAGGACCACGUGAGUCCUGGUGGUGCACUCCACUGUCAGGCCUCGUUCUCCAUACUUGCCUUUAAUGAUAUUUCUACUUAUGUACUACCUCAGAGAAGGGACAGGCAACUGUCCAUCUAACUGCAGAGAAAAUGUAGAGUUUUAUUUUUGUCAGAAGAAGCACAUGUACUUUGUAGCUCUGUAGUUUUUUACUAAGAUUAGCUCCCAGCAGUAGGAGGUCCACCUGCUCACCAUCUGCAGCUUCAAGCUGAGUCCCUCCAGACUGAAGCUGCAGAGGGGGGGGGGGGUCUCACUAAAAGAGGGUUCAGGACCGGCAUGCUGCCUCGGCUCUGACCCACCACAGUGCAGGAUCCACCUCCUGGACUUAGUUAUGCAUUAGGUGUUUGUAUUAUCACUUACUAGAUUAGAAGACAGGUGAAAGAAAAGGAUUGUGUUUUUCUGAUUGUCUGAACUUACAGUAAUACAAAAUAAAUCCAGCUUUAGAUUUCCACUCUG